UUUGGAAAAUGGAAAUUCACCCUCCUUCGUUUGCGUUUCAUUUUUAAUAAACUUAUUAGUUAAUGAAAAUGAGUGAUUAUUUACUUGUCUACUAUAAUUUUAACUUUAACCUAUCCGAUUCUGAGUUGUACAAUUGUCGUAGUUGGGAAUAUUUUAAAUACAUAAUUUCUUCGGAAAAAAUCUAGCAAGUUUGUGUUCAGCAUAAUUAAUGUACUUUUCUUGAAUUUUCUUUGCAAAAGCUCAAUUCUUUAUUGGUUUUAGCCAACCUUUACAAAUCGAGUCUUAUUAUGUUUGUAAUUGAUUUGCGCCUACACAUAUUUCCUGUAUCUAUAAUCUAUCUCGUUUAUCAAGUGUGGACCUGAUUAAGUUUCUUGAACUGGGUUAAACUGUAUACCAAACAGUGUGUGUGGAAUUGAUUGUUGGGUGCUUAGGUGUUUUUGGUAUUGCCUAAGUUUUUGCCGGAUUCAAGAUUUUGUUAUCAACCUUGGUCGGAAAAUCUGGGUGUGCCUUUUCUCUUUCUUGCUGUGCUCUUUUUCUGCUGAAUUUUGAUCUAUAUAUAGUUGGGGUGAGUUCUAUGUAAGGGUUUAAGUUGAAUUUGAGUAUUUUGGCUGCUUGUUAGGAAUCUAUAUUACACUAGAACGUAUCCGAUGAUAUGGAGAGUAAUAGGAAGGAGAAUAUGCCAAAAAAUUCAGAAGAUAGGGCGAGAUUAGACCAAACUUAUGGAUAUGAGGAAUCAAUUCAUAAAAUUCAUCAUCCACAAGAGGGUUUGAACAAUGGUUUGUCAAAUGGGGCAAAAGAUAAGGAGGAAAGUUCAAUGGAAGUGACGGGUGUGACUGUCGAUAAACCAAAUGAUAGGCCUUCAGAUGAGCAGUUGGAAGUGUGUUCUACGCCUGAAGCAAACUACCAGAGGAGGUUCAUUUUGCAGUCUUCAUCUAUCAUAGAGCGUUCUUGGUGGAAAGAUCCAAGUGUUAGUCCAUCACCUCGGGGAAAAAGAGGUUUGUGCUUAUAAUCUACCAUUGUCAAU